ACAAUAUGAAACGAUUUAUAUUUUUGGCGUUUUUAGUUUGUGGUGCAAUGGCUUCUCUAACAGAAAAACAGCAACAGAAUAUGGAUUCUAUACAUACUAUGUGUGUAUCAGAAAUUGGAGUUUCUGAAGAUGUCAUUGACAAAGCCAGAAGUGGAGAUUUUGUUCAAGAUGCUAAACUAAAAUGUUACAUGAAAUGUUAUUUUGACAAAAUCGGUGUGAUGAGUGGUGAUGGAAAAGUUGACAUAGAUAUUGCGUUAGCUACUUUACCCGAUAAUCUACAGUAUGCUGCCCCAGUAAUAAAAAAGUGUGGUAGUCAAGCUGGUGCAGAUGUAUGUGACGUCGUAUUUAAUACACUGAAAUGUCAUUAUGAUGAAGAUAAAACGGCAUACUUUUUACCAUAGAAAAAUAUUUCGAUACAAAAAAUGUAAUUUAGUUUUUUGUAUUUCGUUCUUUAAAGUGGCA